AAGCGCCCCGCCACCGCCGCAGCCCGCAGGUGGCGCCCAUCCUCAUCAGGGCUUCUCCGUGGGGGCGGGGCGUCCGCGGAGAUUGGGACAGGGGCCCGGCCGGCACCAUGGAGGCCAAUCUUGGGGAGCUGCUGAGGGAACUGCUGGUACCGCCCCGUGUGAACCCCGAGUCUCCCCCAGGACCCGCGGCCCAGCGGCAGCCAAGGCCCUUGCGGUAUCCCAUAGCAGGAGCCAGUGGCAGGUCCCUCUGGCCCGUGUGUCAGGACCCUGUCACCAUCUUUCGGCUUCUCCAAGAGUCAGAAGAGGGCCAGGGCCAGGCCCCCACGCAGGCCACACAGACGACACAGGCCCAAGGAACCAGCUGGGAGCCCGCCGACCCUGGGGCUUCAGGCCCGCUGACCAUGGCCAGGAGUUCCAGGAUCCAGCAGACUUCGGGCAGCCAAAAGGGUCAAGGUCAGGAGCCCCUUGGGGUACCUGCAGCCCCAUCCCAGAGAAGACCCAGGAAGCAGCCGAAGCCUUGCCAGGGAGCUAAUCAGGUAGACCCAGGAUUCAAGGGGGUGACCCUGAAGUUCCAGAUCAAGGCGGAUUCCAGCCUGCAGAUCUCACCCACCUACAGCCUGGCUGGCCGCAGCCUGACUGAGGGAGCCCCUGCGAGCCCUGCUCAGGUCGCUGAGUCGAACCCCAGAGGCAGCACUGGUGAGGCCCUAGGGCUCCGGCGCUGUGCUUCCUGCAGCACCCAAAGGACACCCCUCUGGAGAGACGCUGAGGACGGAACCCCACUCUGCAACGCCUGUGGUAUCAGGUACAAGAAAUAUGGUACCCGUUGCUCUGGCUGCUGGCUGGUCCCCAGGAAGACUGUCCAGCCCAAGAAGCUGUGUGGCAGAUGUGGGGUAUCCCUGGGCCCUCUCGAGGGGCCCCCUCAGGCAAUGUAAGCUGUCCUUCAGCCAGCUGAGCCUGUCCUACCUCUGUUUCCUCAAGGAAAGAAAGGGAGACCUCCUGGGAGUGAGGAGAGAUCCAGCCUGCCUCCUCUCUGCUGCCUCCCAUGCCGGGACCCAGCGGGCAGACUGGCGCCCUUUCCCUUUCUGCCCUCUUUCCCCAGCAGGCUUGGCUGGCCA